AGAGGAUAAAGUUAAUGGUUACAUGCAAUACAAUAUACCGAGCGUCCCCGAACAGCCAGGGAAUGUUCCUCCAGUCAUCGCUCCUACGCAGACUUCUCCCACAAUCAACGGAUCAGCUGAGGUUCAAACCAGACUGGUUUUCAUCUUGUCCUCUCCUGUUCUGAAUGGAACUGAGGUCCUCAGUGUUAUGGAAGCUCUGCUCAAUGAUACGCUCAAAAACAUCACUGAUCCUAUAACAGUGCUGAACAUCACCUAUGAGGGAAUUUCAAACACCUCCUAUGCAGUUAACAUUGCAUUCAGCAUUGGUAACAUCAGCAUCCCGACAAACCCUGAACUCAGGAAUGACACCUACACCAAAGUGGAGGACAUCAUCAAUAACACUAUAAAUGCACUUCUAAACAAAACUGCUGAAGGUCCAUUUGAGCCCACUACCUCCAACUUCACGAGCUCAGAGGAUAAAGUUAUUGGUUACAUGGAAUACAAUAUACCAAGUGUCCCCAGUCAGCCAGGGAAUGAUGGAUCUUCAAAGGUUCCUGUGACCAGCUCUCCUAUGCUGACUUCUCCAAUAUCUCCACGCACCACAAUCGGAACUGCAUUCAUUUAUAUUACAUUGAUAUUCCAAAACUUGAUCAAUGUACCUACUGAGGCUGUGGUUCUCAAAGCUGCUAAUGACAAACUGGAAUCAAAGUUUAAAAGACAGCGUGAUACUGCACCACAAAACCUGGAACAACCUGUCAGUAUUCAUGAUAUCAUCUAUAAUAAAACGGCUGACAACUCAUUCUCUUUGGAUCUGGCAUUCAAGAUCGCCAAUGUUAAUUUAUCUGCUCAGUGUGACACAGAAUUGAACAGCAGCACCUAUAAAUUAAUACAAAAUGAAAUCAACGACCUGAUGAAUACAAUCCUGACUAAUCCACAGACUCCACCAUUUAACUUCCCAUGGGCAAACUUCACGUGUAAUAGUACUGCUGCAGUGAUUGUGGCUGAUAUGAUAUAUGUCUAUAAAGAGGCGGAUAUCCAGUCACCAAGUCUCUUCCUCUAUGAAUUACUCAAAGAAAGUGGUUUAUUGUACUAUACACUUUCUCCACUUGUAACGAUUCAGCCCUACACAGCAUCAGGAAACAGCACCUACACAGGGGCUGCAUGGAUCCUGGGCUUUGUUAUUCCCUGUGGUAUAGUCCUCAUUCUUCUGCCAUGUUGGAUUCUACUCUGUUGUCUUCUUUGUGGAUGCUGUGCAAGAAUUAGAAGACGCUGGCACAGGCGAUACAAUGUUAAGUCACACAAUGUUCAGUAUCAAACUCACAACAGCCUCUUCUAAAGCACAGAAUAUAAUAUUCACAUCUGUAGUUAUCAUUUUAUAGUGUCUUAGUCUGCCUUGGUAUAGAAUAGCAGAUGCGUUCAGACAUAUUCUUCCAUACUCCAUUAAGGUCAUAUAGUGAAUAUAAAAUCUGUACAUAUGUUAAUUGUGUGAAGUAACUCUAAUCAUUUUAUGCUUUCUACCAUGUAUUACAUCCUGUACCUGUAUUGCUGGACUUAUACAGGAUAUAUAUUAAAUUAAUUAAAUACAACAUAAUUUAAGAAUGCAGUAUCACAAGAGAUUUUUAAUUUAUUUUUCUAAUUUAUUUUCUAAUAGUAUUUUAUGUUAAUUUAUUAAAUUAUUACUCAAAUAAACAAUAGCACUAUACAUUUCAAUUCAAAAAGAGGGAUAUGUUAUUUCUGUGUAACUGUAUUUAUUUACAUAUGCACUUUAUCAGUAUGUCAACAAGUAACCACUGUGCUAUAAGUCAUAUUACUUGUUAUGCUAUGUAAUAUCAGUGCAUUUGAGGGAUCAUUCUCCUCAAGCAAAUAAAAUAAUUAUGUAACUUCA